CAAACCGGAAGAGAAGGAAAAGAGCGACAGAGCAGGAGAGACUUCCCAGUAUACAAAGACAGGGAUGGAGAAGUACCACGUUCUGCACCUGAUCGGCGAAGGUUCCUUCGGGCGAGUUUACAAGGGCCGGAGGAAGCACAGCGGAGAGGUCGUGGCUUUGAAGUUUAUCCCAAAAGUUGGCCGCUCAGAGAAGGAACUGAGAGGACUGAAGAGAGAAAUUCAGAUUAUGAGGGAUCUCAGACACCCCAACAUUGUACGGAUGUUAGACAGCUGCGAGACAGAGCGAGAGGUUGUUGUGGUCACUGAAUACGCGGAAGGAGAGUUAUUCCAGAUCCUGGAAGAUGAUGGGAAUUUGUCUGAAGAGCUGGUAAGAGAUGUCUCUGCCCAACUGGUGUCUGCACUCUAUUACCUGCACUCUCACCGAAUCUUGCACAGGGACAUGAAGCCUCAGAAUAUUUUGCUGGGUAAAGAUGGAACCGUCAAACUUUGUGACUUUGGAUUUGCCCGUGAGCUAAGUCUGGACACCUUAAUGGUGCGCUCUAUUAAGGGCACCCCCCUGUAUAUGUCCCCGGAGCUGGUUCUCGAGCGGCCAUACGAUCACCGAUCUGAUCUCUGGGCCCUUGGCUGCAUUGUGUAUGAGUUGCUGGUUGGAACACCCCCAUUCUACACACACAGCAUCUUCCAGCUGGUCAGCAUCAUUACCCAGCAGGCCGUGCGCUGGCCACGGGGUAUAUCUCCUGAGCUGAAGGCCUUCUUGCAGGGCCUUCUCACAAAGGAUCCCACCGUCCGGCUCUCGUGGCCUGAGCUUUUGAGGCAUCCGUUCAUCAGGGACAAGGUGACAGUAGUGAAAGACGGAACAGCCUCCAGUCCCUUCACGUCCCCUCUGACUGAUGAGCAGCGGAAGCUGAGAGAUAAAUUGUGCGAGACUGCUGGCCAGAGCAGCGCGCACUCUCGAAUCCUGAGCAGAGCCAGACAGCAAGUGGCAAAAAGACACCAGAGAAACCAUAGCACGCUCCAGACAGACAGCGGGAAGACACGGCAAGGAGAAAAAUCGAACAACGUUUUGGCCGCGGCUGAGCAGGAGGUCCUAUUAAAACAGGCCGAAGCUGAAACCCCCCCUGCAACCAGCGAUCAUCAGAUCUCACAGGAUUACGAACGAGAGUUCUGCCACCAGAAGCUAGACAGGCAAAGCAUUGAGAGAGUUCACCUAGAGAGUGAGGACAGUGACGAUGAGUGGUCUCUGUUGCUGGAGGCCACUGACCCAGCUCAGGCUCAGCUCAGCACUCCCUUCCUCCUACUCCAAGACCCCAGCUUCCGAAAAAGAGUACAGUGCCGGUUGCAGGACUGCCGCCCGCCGGUCUCUCUAGAAGACGUUUCCCGCCUGCGCCCUGCCCUGCGUGUCAUCUGUAACCUUCUCACGUCGACGUGUGACCCCGCGCUGCUUUGUGAUCUGUGUAUGGAGCUCCGGUUACCUGGCUUUGUGCUGCAUCUCAUCGGCCAAACGCUAAGCAGUGAGCAGCGACAGUGCUCCUGGGCCGUCUCCUUCCUAUCCGAUCUUUUAUCGCUGCUGAAUGCUUACUACUGCUUCCAGAGACAUCCCGAAGCUUCGAGGAAUCUUGAGACGUGCGCCGAAACGUUUAUUGGAGUUUUGGAAGAUUUGCUUUGUUUUCCUCAAGAAGGAGAGGGAAUCUUACAACAGCAGAGUCUGCAAUGUUUGGUGUCUCUUUGUGAGAGUAUAGACUGUGGAGCACUCCCAGACGCUGCCGGGUUUUACACCAAUCUUCAUUCAGAGCACGGAAGGAUUCUGGAGCGGCUUCUAGAGAAGUCCCAGCGUCCAAACCCCGAUCUGCCAGUGAGUCCUAAAGCUGGGCCGGAUGGAGACGCGUCUUCUGAAGAGUGCCGCUUCACUGAUGCUCUGGCUGCUGUGUGCGACAUCCCGUUCUCCGUAGACUGCAGGCAAAUAAAGGAAAAGAUUUCUCUUCAUCUGUCUGAGAAGUUUAUCUCGGGGACUUGUCUCGACCGCAUUGUCUCACAUCUGCCGAGCUCUGCGUGCGCUCUUAGCUGUCUCAAGAUCUUGUAUUCUUGCUGUCACAGUAACCUGGACUUCUGUCAUCACCUUGUAAAAAACGGCGCUGCCUGGCAGGCUGUUCUGAGUGUUCUGGAAUCGGAGGUCAGUCUUGGAGACGUUCAGAGGAUUCGCUGUGUGGAGCUGUCUCUGUGUCUGCUGUCAGUGCUCGUUCUACGUCUUCAGUCUUGGCCGGAGCUGUCUCGGAUGGAGUCCCUGGUCCAGCAGCUUCUCACGUGUGAAGUACCAUCUCUGGUGGCCUGUUCUGUGGUCCUGAUAUCUUCUCUUCAAGACUGUGGGGAACCUGUCGUGCUGUCUCGCGAGAGACUGAUGAGUGUCAUAAAAAUAUCCCUGGCAUUGACUCCUGAGCUGGUGUCUCCGGCUCCUCUGGGCUCAGGAAUACACGACUGGAUCUUCCAUUUUCUAAACCAGCAGCUUAACCAGGACCAGUCGCUCUUUAUGGAAGUCUCAGAAGAGAGCGCCUUUCUAUGGUUCCAUGUCUGCUCAUUGUUGGGUGCGUCGAGUGCAAAGACUCAGCUGGAAGGAGAGACUCCUCGCGGGACCCCCUGUGUGGCUCCAGACUGGAACCUACUGUCUGUGCGCGGGGUGAUAAGUUUCCUCCACCUGGCGCUCGUGACCUCUGUGCGGGACCCCGAUAACUUCCUCAGCCUCCUGGCUAACCCGGAUGGGCUGAUCCUGGCGGCAGUUAACCAUUUAUUGACCCCCAGCUUCCUGGGUCAUGUGACGCAUGCGUGUUGCUCCUCUGGAUGGGACGUUUCUCAGACUGUUUCCGACGUGGUAAAUCUUGUGACCCAACUACUCUGCGUCCCCUUCUCUCUGGAGACGGCUGAGGACACCAUGCAUGUGAUUCUGGGAUCUCUCAGACGGCACCAGACUGUCUCGUUUCUGCUGCAGGCUGCAUCUCAGCUCCCGCCGCACCUCAUGGAGCUUCCCGUGUCUCUGUUGUGUCGUCUUGCGCUUGUUCAGAAUGACUUCCUUGAAGAGUUUUCGUCGUCGGCAGCCUCCUCGCAUGACGUGGCCGCAUGGCUGGGAAGUGCCCUGCGCUCAGGGCCGGACAGUCUGACCUGUGACCUGCUGUCCCUUUUCAGCCACUUGAUCCGAACGUCGUCCACAUGUCUGCCUCUACUGCAAAGCAUUGUGGGAGAGUGGGAGAAACUUCUGCCCCAGCUCCUGCACACUUCAGGGCCGGAACUGAGGGCUGCCGGGUGCACCCUUGCGGGGAACUUGGCUCGUCAUGAGGAACAUCUGGCAAAGUCUGUGUUGGAACGUUUGCUGGACUGUCUCUCGGACAGAGACGCCCGAGUAAGGAGAUCGGCCGCAUUUGCUGUAGGAAAUUUUGCGUUUCACAAGGACCAAGCAGAAUGUUACAGCCUCUGGGUGUCUCUUGCGACAUCGAGGAUCCUGACUCUCCUCAGGGAUCCUCAAGCAAAGACCCGUGCCCAUGCGGCCAGCGCUUUAGGGAAUCUGGGCACGGUCUCCAUUCGAGAAAGCGAUGCUCAGCUUCAGGUGUUAAAGGUCCCGCAGCUGCUCCUUCAGUCGGCCUGUACAGACCAAGACGAGUCCGUCCGACUGGCUUCGCUCAUUGCCCUCCGUAGUCUGAGCGGAUCGCCGGCUGUACGGCAGCACCUUCUGUCUCUGGAUGCUGGAGAGAAGCUGUUGGUGUUCCUGAAAAGUUCCCAAAGAUGUGGCUCUGCUUCCUGCGCCCAUCACUGCGACCGGCUCCUCCGUCUGCUGAGUGGCCCCUCCGUCUGCUGAGUGGCCCCUCCGUCUGUUGAGAAGCUUAAUAGUGGCCCCUCCGUCUGCUGAGCGGCCCCUCCGUCUGCUGAGAAGCUUCGCACCGGCCCUGAGCGGCCACCCCGUAGAGCCAGAGUCACCAGACGUUUCAUGUGUACAGACAGCUUCCCCUCUUAUACCAAAAGUGUUCGGAUUCUGAUUCUCAAAUUGCUGUUUUUUGGGGGUGAAAGAAUAAAACAUGAAUAAUCAGCGUGUAUAUUCUGUAGAUUUUUGUAACAAUAAAGUUUAUUCAUUUAAUCAAA